CAGAGGCAGCCUGGCGGGAGCUGGGAUCGCUGGCGGGUGCUGGAGGAACCAGAACAAAGUGCGAUCGGCUCUCGGGGGAAAGCCGCGCUGCUGCCUCCAUUCUGCGCGGGGAGCCCGGGCUGAGCAUCAGGCGGUGCUGGGGUCAGACUUUCAUUUGCCCAGCCCGAGCCUGCAGAGUAUCGCAUCCCUAGGGGGAAGGAAAUGGCUGCCAUGGAGCUGGCUCAGGGGCCUGUGACCUUUGAGGAGGUGACUAUGUAUUUCACCAAGGAAGAGUGGGCUCUGCUGGGCCCUGAUCAGAGAGCCCUCUACAGAGCCGUCAUGAAGGAGAACUAUGAGAAUGUGACCUCACUGGCCAGACCAGCUGUCCAUGAGGGGCGAGCCAGACCAGCCCCGCCAACCAACCGAAGCUGUGGGAGCCACAGGCACUGGCACGUACACCACAACCUGAUGCGCCAGCACAUCCAGGUCCUUCGAGACCUCCAGCAAACCCUCGACGACAAGUUUCGUGCGGAGGCCGAGUGGCACGAGCGCCUGUGGAGCGAGCUGGUGCAUCAGGGCGAAAAUGUGUGCGCCAUGAUCCAGGAGGUCAUGGCGGAUCCGGGUCCUGUCCCUGUUGCCGCUCCCCCUGUUCACGCCCCCCCUGCCCCUGUUUUCCCCUUGCCACCCUUGACCCAGCUGCUCCCCUCCCCCCCCCCCGCCCC